CACGGACGACGGGGUGUAUAUGCACGUCUAUGCAGGGGGAAAUACAUCCUGUUAUAAUACUCCACAUUAUAUUCCCUGCAAGAGCGACAUUUUCAGGGAUUACUCAUAUAAUGUAAUUAUUUUUAAACCAUUGUUGUUAAGUGUGUAGCAGGAAGAAAUUAUAAUAAUCAUUUGAAAUCUAUUGUAUUUCUAUCAUUUCUGUAUUUAAUUAAAAUCGGAAAAAUACAGUUUCACACGGAGAACUAACUGGAUUCCUGCAGAAAUGAAGGACGAAUGAGAGAUCUCGACACUGGGUUUAGCUACACAAUGAUUGAAGCCAUUGGGGUUUAAGUGUUGGGAGAAGGUGGUUUAAACAUGGUGGAACCUAGUAGUUGCUUUGAACUGGGAAGUGAAACCAGGCAGCCAGAUUGCGGACCAGGGAAGCGUCUACGAGAGACAGCUCUGAAGGUGAGAGUGGAGGAGAGCGUUUUCCUCGUCGACAGGGCCCUGCUGCUCCAGCACUGUGAGUAUUUCCGAGCUCUCUUCCGGUCUGGAAUGAGAGAGUGCAGCCAGGAGGAAAUUCACCUGAAGGGUCUAAGCGCUCGCGGGUUCCUGGUCAUGCUCAGCGUGCUGAGGGGCGAGCAACCCAUGCUGGAUGCCGACGAGAUCGUCGAUGCCGCGGAAUGUGCCGGAUUCCUCCAGGUGGAGUUUCUCGCCAGGCACCUCGUAAACAUCAUCAACUCUGACAACUGCCUACUCAUAUGUCAAGUGGGAGCCAACUAUGGGAUAGCAGACCUCCUCCACAGUGGGGCGCUGUUUCUCCGAGACUCUUACCGUGACCUGGAAGGGGCGGCCAGUUGUCUCCCCAAAGAGCUGUUGGAGUACGUUGAAUCUUUGACCCCCAGCACGUACGUGACCGUCGGCGCCCACUCACCAAGUGUCGAGCUGCUGCAGGACUUCGUGCGGACGGUGUGCUAUCUGGAUGAGGAUGAGAAGGACUGGAAGGUUCUGACUGACUUGCCAAACGAAGCCAGCACCACCAUGGCCGGCCUGACUGUCCUGGACAACAGGCUGUACAUCGUUGGAGGGGUGCGUGACAUUACCAACCAGGUGGUCGACUCCUGCUUCUGCUACGACGCCUCUGCCGAUACGUGGAGUACGUUUGCCAGCCCCCACCAGCCUCGCUACAACCUCACGCUGGUGGGGCACGAUGGUCACCUCUACGCCAUCGGGGGGGAGUACAACAGGACGGUCAUGUCCUCGGUGGAGAUGUAUGACGUCUCCACCAGCACUUGGUCCCAGGCCUCCCCAUUUCCCCACCCCGUAUCCAACGCCCCGAGUGCCAAAGCGAUGAGUCGGAUCUUCAUUUGCUCAUGGAAGCCGAAGGGUGCCACUGACAUCCACGAGUACCUACCCGGGGAAGACAGAUGGACGCUCCUCACGACACUAGUCAGGCACCAGAGUUAUGGCCACUGCAUGGUGGCCCACAGAGACAACCUCUAUGUCAUGCGCAAUGGGCCCUCGGAUGACUUCUUGAGGUGUGCUAUUGACCGCUUCAACCUCACCACGGGGCAGUGGACAGCCAUGCCGGGCCACUAUGGCAACAGCAAAGGCUCCCUGUUCACUGCGGUAGUGAGGGGUGACUCCGUUUUCACAUUCAACCGGAAGAUGACCCUGGAGUAUGCCAUUGAGGACGACGCAUGGAAACCGAAAAGGCAAAUGCGGGGUUUUCCACGAAUCGGCUCCUUCUGGACCUUUCUACUCAGGCUGCCAAAGCCUGAGAAUCAGCUGGUGAGAAAGAACAACAACUAUCAGAGGUUCAAGAACCAAAGUCGCCCCCAUCCCUCAUCCUCUUUACACUGCGCUCUUUGAUGAGAAUGUUUUAUGCAGUUUAUUAAACAAUUUAUGAGCAUACCAGUACUCUCCCUUUCAUUUAUGUACGGAAACAGAGACAAGAAUCUUGUUACAUGUGAAAGGGAGCACAUCAAAACAUUCUGUGAGAUUAGGAGGCACCGUUUGGGAUAACAGCUCCGCAAAACUGGCACAUUUACAGCAAAAGCCAGGAACGUAGCACUAAUUACUUACUUCCCCCAUUUGCUCGUCCCCUAAACGUACCUAGUUUUUAGGAUUGCAUUUGCCCCUGAGAAUGAGCAGCUUAUUUAUGUAUCAUUGCCUGAGAACUUCCUAGUUUUAUUAUGUUUUCAUAAAUUGUUGGAGAGUGAUGUCUGUUCUCCGCUGUAAUACAUGCACAGAAUCGUUUUGAGUCCUAAAUGAAAAGCCUUAUCCUGUUUUCAUAACAAACAGCCCAUUUAUAUCACGUCCCCUGGGCCGGUUUGCCAGACAAACGUCAAUUUGACGAAGCAGAAGGAGCGUAUAUUUCCUGGCACCCCGGUCCAUGUGGGUAAGCUUCCAUAAUAUGGUCAGAGUUUACAGUAUGUAAGAAGGGGGACAAACAAUGUACAGAUCAUCUUGUUCUGUAUUUUUUGUUUAGUCACUACCAGUGAAAAGGUUUUGCACACAAUGAGAGACUAACAAAUAAAAGUACAGUGUGUUCACCAUUUGAGUACUUUUAUUAGCAAAAAAAUGUCAUAUCUUUGAUUCAUCAAAAUUACCUCCUCUAGCAGUUAUAACAGCAGAGAAAAUCUGUGGCAUUCAUUCUGCAAGGGACAUGAAGUGCUGCUCUGUUUCAUGCGAUGAAACAGACAACUAGUGCAUUUAAAGUUAAAGGACAGCCUAGAAUUUGACUAUGCCAUUGCCACACAACCAGUUAAUAGGAUGAAAGUCAUGCACCAUUAGAACCUCUUUCCAUGUUAUAAAGGAAACUCGUUUUAUAUUUUACUUAUAUUUUCAUGUAUAGUUAUUCAUUCAACUUUCCAGUGCUUAAGAAUUAAAAAUCUGCAGUUUAUGAAAUAAAUGGAAAAGUGGUAAAAACCUGUGUGGAAAAACAUUUGCCUGGUAAUGUAUAUUCUGGCUUUUCUGUGGAGGGACAUUAACUGAACAGAAAACCCUCACAUUUGUCAUCUCCUGUCUGUUCAGUACCUAACCAGCAGAUACACGUUCUGUUUGCUACGGCUGUGAUCUGGUAACCUGGACUCUCAACAGGGGCCUCUGUACGGUACUUUCCGUGUAAGAAUAACAUCCAUAUCUGUUUGCAUAUCCUAAGCAGGACCUUGUGCACAUGCAGGAAUCAUAAAGAAAAAUGUACAGAAAAGCAGAAACAGGUGGUUGGUAGGUUAGAAGAGUAUAAAUAAAACUAAGAUGUUCUGGAAGUUUCUAUGGGACCACCAUUGCUUGAAGACAGCCCUUGAUGUCUGAACGUUAAAUGAGCCAUGUAUGUUCACUUACUCAUCUGAUACUUUUCCCCAAAGCGGCCGACGGAUUCACCCAUUUACGCAGCAGGCUGUUUCGCGGGGGUGGUCCGAGUAAGUCUGUUGCUCCAAUGUGUAAAGCGGCAGCCUCCCUUCCCAGGAACUCGGUCAAACUUGCAUUUUUUAGGCAAUACGUUCCACUCAUUUAGCAACAGGAAGUUUGACUGACUGAAUAACUGCCUGUUUUAUGGGUCUUACACUUUGUGCACGUACAGUCUAACACCUCCAUCGACAGUAAUGAUUGUGCCAGUUAUAAUUAUGUCAAACUAUGUCAUUCCUUUGACAUCAAAACAGGCUUAUUUAAAGCAGCCGAGAAAAGUCGACGAUGAGAAGAUUGAGACCGCAAAACAAAAAAAUGUGAAAUACUCCCCCCUCCAGCUAUGUCUCACUAACGAGCCAUAAAUAUGACUGCUUAGGAUUUGGGCUGGAAGUACUUCAGAAUAAGUGUGAAUGUUAAUAAAAUUUGUAUCCUAAAUACCAAUCAACCAUCUCAACAUCUAUGUGUGUGGAGUUUCUGCCCGUGUCAUUGUGGGCUUAUCUCCAGGUACUCUGGUUUCCCCCCACAGUCCAAAAACAGACUAAGGUGGAUUAGAGUUGCUAAAAUUGACCGUAGGUGUGAAUGAGUGUGAAUAAUGCAGCUCCAGACCCCCCAGGACCCUAUAUAGGACAAGUGGGUAUAGAAGAUUGAUGAAUAGAUGGAUGGAUGGAUGGAUGGAUGGAUGGAAAGAUGGCUGGAC